AUGAGCUAUUCAGGGACAUGCGGACCGCACGUGCACCACAUGGUAUUACUAGCAUUAUAUUAUAAGAGUGAACAAAACAACAGUAGCCUACGAGAAGAGGCAGGGACUGUCAUAAAGUGGCAGAUAAUAUUUGACAAAGAUAUCAUUCCACUCGCCCCUGAUAAGGAUGAAAGGAGGGGGAAUGGCCACAAAGACGACAACAGUGGAGACGAUGCGAGCAGAGCAGUAUCAUUUUUGGAAAUUGCAAUGGAGGGCAGCAGGAGACAACGCAAGAAGAGCCUGAACCUUGGACAGUGUCGCAAAGAUGAAAGGAGCAGGAACGACACAAAGCAAGCACAAUUCUUGUACAAUCUCGUAACGAUCAAGGGAGGGGGCCAUACGAGCUGA